AGAUCAGAAAACGUCAGCAUGCAUCCUCAGCCAAUUGGGCAACCAGUUGCUUGCACCGAAGCAUCCAAGGAGUAGCAUAAAUAGCCCGAGCAACCGGCUUGAGCAUCAGCGUGGAAGUCCGGACGGAAGAAGAAGAGCAAAGAAACUCCAUCGAGGCGUCUCGACAACACCAUGGCAUCCCAGAGAAGGACCUUCUUGCUUUUUGUCUGCCUUCUGCUCACUGUCGGUCUGCAUCUGUCCAGAGCCCAGCAUUGGUCCCACGGCUGGUACCCAGGAGGGAAGAGAGAGGCUGAGGCUCCACCACUGAGCCCAGAGGGCUCUGAAGAUAUCAAACUGUGUCACGGGGAGGACUGCACAUAUCUGAAGAUCCCAAGAGACAAAAUCGUGAAGACUCUCCUGGCUGACAUGCUAGCAAGACUUCAGAAGAAAAAAUGACUCUCUUUUGUGCAUUUUGGUAAAUGUUAUUAUGUGUCUAAAGACAUGUGGCACCCACCUCUCGCCACCUUAAUGUGCUCUUUUUUGUAGACGUUGUAUAUGUGCAAGCACAUUUUUAUAAACCCUGUAGUAGCUUCUAUCCCUUUUUUUCUCAGCAUGUAAACCUUCACUAUAUUAGCAGCAGAAUAGUAUUUCCGUUGAAUGUAUGCGAUUGUUGAAUAAAAUAUUUUAUUUUGCUACAUAGA